CCACCGCCUCAAUUCUUGCUUUUGACCCCAUUCAGAGCCUUUUGGCGAUCGGUACCCUAGAUGGCAGGAUUAAAGUGAUAGGUGGUGAUGGCAUUGAAGGACUUUUCAUGUCUCCUAGACAACUUCCUAUCAAACACUUAGAGCAUAACCAGCAACAUGCAUGAGUAAAAUCUGGCAAAAGUUACCUAGUCCAAGAGCACCUGGCAUCAAAUGCUUGGGCUUAUUUGGAGGAUGCAGUUUCUAUCUCCAUUGGCCAGUUACAGGCAAUUUAUUUGAGCCACAGCUAUAAUAGAACUGGGGAAUCUACAUGAAGUGGGCUUGAGAAUCAAGUACUUGUUGAUGUAGAAGAGCUCUGAUGUGAAAUGACUUAAUAUGUCUUGGUUCUACGCUCAUGUUAUCCAAUUUACUGUCUUCCUUAUUUUAGUACAGACAAAAUAAUUUCCGUAUUGUAAGGAAUGAUUUCCAUUCAAUGACAUUAAGCAAUAUUAAUGGGAGAAAAAUUUCGAUUGCUUUUACCCUGAAGAAACAUAGCUUUUACAUGUCAUUUUGUUAGGGGAGAAGGGGGGAGAGAGAGAAAGAGAUUGUCUUAUGAGGUCUUGAUACAUUUUACUAUCCAGUAGCUGUGGAUAUAUGUUGUUGCUGUCUUCGAUCCUCUUUCUUUUGUUUUGCAUUUUUUAGGUGUUACUUAUGGCAUUUUUUCAUACAAGCUGCCAUGUGUGAUGGCUUUCUUUGUUCAAUAGUGAACAUAUUGAAUGAUGUGUUCUUUUUAGAUUAUACGAUCUUGUUUCGGAUGGUUGAGCUUGAAGAAGUAAGGAGCAAUUUGGUUAAAUGGACACUUAUAUAAAAUGAUUAAUGAGCUUUGUGAAAUUAAUCUCUGAUUUUGCAGCAUCAUGGUUGCGGUUUUGGGCUUGUAGUGUAUGCUUUGUCUGCUAGGUUGAUGGAAGUAGAACUUUGUUUUGCUGCACAUGCUUGUAUAGCACUUAGAUAGCCUCUCGAAAUUUCCUUUACUGAUCACUAAUUGUUAAUCUCUUGUCUGACAGUUCCUGAGGAACCAGGGAAUCUUAGUCAGUAUCUCGAAUGACAACUACAUUCAGGCAUGAACCAACAGGGGCUUAGGCCUCUUCUUUGGGAUUUCUGACUUAGGAUAAAUGAAGUUUAAUCAAGCAAAAAAAAUUUGUUGUAUUGUUUAUGGUUCUUCAUAGGUGUGGAAUCUGGAGAGAAGAAGCCUAGUUUCUUGUUUACAAUGGCAAUCAAACAUUACAGCUUUUUCUGUGAUCACAGGCUCCAACUUCAUCUACAUUGGCGAUGAUCAUGGCUUGCUUUCUGUACUAAAGUGCAAUGCUGACAGUGGAGAACUUUGCCAGUUGCCUUAUCAUAUUCCUGCAACUUCUAUAAGCAGUAACCCCUCAUUCCUUUUCUGAAUGAGGUUUCGGGAAUUUCAUUUCCAGAUGAUCAUCAUAUGAUUGUUGGAGUUCUCCACCAACCAUGUCCAUCAGGGGAUAGAGUACUUAUUGCAUAUGAGUGUGGGCUGCUUACUCUUUGGGAUGUUACCGAAGGUCAGAUUCUUUUCAUUGGAGGGGGUAAAGAUCUCCAUUUGAAGGAUGGAUUUGCCAAUUCUGCUAUCAAAGAGGAUAAUCUUUCAGAUGAUACAUCUGGAUGCUAUCUUGGGGAGAAAGAAAUCAGUGCUCUAUGUUGGGCCUCUGGUGAUGGAUCCAUUGUUGCUGUGGGAUACGUAGAUGGAGAUAUUUUGUUCUGGAAAACAUCAUCUUCUUCCGUCAAUAAAGCCCCGGUGGCCAAUUUACCAUCAAGUGAUGUCGUUCGGCUGCGAUUGUCAUCUGAGGAAAGGAGACUCCCUGUCAUUGUCUUGCAGUGGUUUCCAACCAAGAAAUCUCACAACUAUAACGGCCUUCUCUUUGCCUAUGGUGGUGAUCAGAUAGGGGCCGAAGAAGUUUUGACAGUUUUAAAUCUUGAAUGGUCAUCAGGGGCAGAAAAUCUGAGAUGUACUGGUCGUAUUGAUCUCACCUUAACUGGCUCUUUUGCGGAUAUGAUUUUGUUACCAAGUGUGGGAGCAGGGGGUAAUCUUAGUGCUGAUCUUCUUUUAUUGACCAAUCCUGGGCAACUGCAUUGUUACGAUGACUCCUACCUUUCUACCUUGAUGUCUCAACACGAGAGAAAACUUUCCGUUCCUGCUUUAGAGUUUCCUACAGUAAUACCAGCGAGAAAUCCAUUGCUUACUUCCGCAAGGCUUUAUAAGUUACCAGAAUGCUCAUCAAAGGAUCUCUCAAAGAUAAGUUCAGUGGCCAGACCAACUGCUUCUGUACAUGGUGGAUCAGAUAGGCCCUUGACUGGAGGUGUGCCCUGUCAAUUAUCAAGUACCGAAGAGAGUGGAAUUGGUAGAGUCUACAUAGGUGGAUAUCAAGAUGGAUCUGUGAGGAUGUGGGAUGCGACGCACCCUAUCUUGUCUUCUAUUUUUACUUUGCAAGGACAGGUGCAAGGUAUUCAAGUGGCCGGUUUAACUGCACCAGUUUCAUCUUUAGACUUGUGUGUUUUCACACUGCAUUUGGCUGUUGGCAACGAAAGUGGCUUGGUGCUCAUAUAUAAUCUCAAGAGCGGGACAACCGAUAAAAACUUUCACUUCAUAACAGACUCUAAACAUGAAGUGCACCCUUUGCUUUCAGAAGAGGCAUGCCAGUGUAAAGCUGUUUUUUCUCUUUUCAACUCUCCUGUUCAAGUACUACAGUUUGUGAAUCAUGCAACCAAACUCGCUGUUGGAUUUCAGUCUGGUCAGGUGGCAGUGCUUGACAUGGGUCCAGUGUCAGUUUUGUUCUGCUCAGACUGUUCAUGUGGUUCCCUCUCACCUGUCGUUUCCAUUUGUUGGAGAUCAUCCAGUAACACUGAUAAUAUGCUGAAGAGCCAAAAGACUGUGGAAGUGAAUAUGCCAACUGAUCCUAUAGAUGAACUUGUAUUUGUAUUGACCAAGGAUGCAAAGAUUCUUAUUAUAGAUGGUGGCAUGGGUAACCGGAUCAGUUCUCGUCCACUGCUCUUGAAAAAGAAAUCUAUUCCAAUUGCCAUGUAUGUUAUAGAUGACCACAUUUCAGUCUCUUCAGAGCAGUCAGCUAAGGACACUUCGUCCAGGAAAGAUGCUACUACUGAAGGCAAAGUUGCAAAAGGUUUACAUGAGACUGCACAGCUUAAAUCCUCAAAAGAUGCAUUUUCAGCUGGGAGAUUGCUGGAUUCGCUUUUACUGCUAUGCUACGAAGAUUCCUUGCGCCUGUACUCAACAAAAUCUGUAAUUCAGGGAAAUCAUAAAACUAGUUGCAAAGUGAAACAUGCAAAACCUUGCUGUUGGACUUCAACUUUAAGGAAAGAGGGGAAAGUUAGUGGGCUGGUCGCACUGUACCAGACUGGAGACCUUGAAAUCAGAUCUUUGCCUGAUUUAGCUUUGGUGAAAGUAAGCUCUUUAGUGUCAAUUCUAAGGUGGAAUUUCACGGCAAACAUGGACAAGAUGAUGGCUUCUGACGGUUCACAGAUUGCGCUGGCAAAUGGGUGUGAAUUGGCUCUCAUCUCUCUGGAAGAUGGCGAAGAUGAUCUCAGGGCCAUGGGAGCUUUGCCUUGUCUCCAUGAUCAGGUUCUUGCUGCUGCUGCAGAUGCUGCAGAUGCUGCACUCACUUUCUCUAGUCAGAAGAAAAAACAGGCUUCUGCACCAGGAAUCCUGAGGGGCAUUGUGAAAGGAUUUAAAAUGCGAGAAGCGGAAAACAAGGGGAAACAUUCUGCGACUUCAAAAUCUGAUGUUACUCAUUUAGAGGAUGUAUUCUCAAAACCUCCAUUUGUGGACCAGUUACCGACACUUAGAAAUAAUCAGGAAAUUGUGGAUCCAUCUUCUGGCACAAAUGAUCAGGAAGUGGAGCUUAGCAUAGAUGACAUUGAAAUUGAUGAUCUUGCACCAAUGGCAUCUGCUUCAGUCUAUAAACCCCAAAAUAAAGACAACAGAACGGAAAGGGAGAAGUUAUUCGAAGGGGCAACAGAUGUCACGGAACCUAGACUAAGGACACCUGAAGAAAUAAUUGCUAAAUAUCGGAAAAGGGAUCCAGCUGCAGUGGCUGAAGAGGCAAGAAACAAGCUUCUUGAAAGGCAGGCGAAGCUGGAGAGAAUCAACCAGCGCACUGCAGAACUGCAAAGCGGAGCUGAAGAUUUUGCUUCACUAGCCAAUGAGCUUGUCAAGGUCAUGGAAAGGCGAAAAUGGUGGCACAUAUGAGCAAAACAUACUGUUACUUCACUAUGCAUCCAUCCACUGGUGGCUAUCUUAUUCAAAUACAUGGGUGGCCACCAAUUGAUGUCCAAAUGAGCGUGCAGAUGGCAUCAACUAGGAAAGUGGAGCUUGUCAGUCAGGAGGUGCAAAAAGGUAGAUGCCACUGUUCUCUCCUGAAGCUUUUCAUGUAAAGCAAUGAAUAGUCAUGGACUGUUCUUUUUUCUUGGUAAGAUAGUUGAUGGAAAAAUGUCAUUGAGCUGAUUUUUGACUAUGAGAUAGGAGAAGUACUGGGUAUUGUGAAAUAAAUAUCAAGAAUACGAAUUAUGUUGUGCAAGUAAAUAUUGAUCGAUGGUUCCUAGACCA